AUGCCUCGACGAAACAUUAUCGUAACUGGUGCUACAGGACGACAGGGACGGGCGUUUAUACAUGCGCUUCUUAGCUCACCAACUACAACUGAUACAGCUGAUACAACAUACCAUGUUUGGGCCGUGACGCGAAAUACGACUUCGCCUGCCACGGCAUUGCUUCUAGAGGCCGAAAAGGCACAUAGAAACGACAUCACCGUAAUCCAAGGCGAUCUCAACAAUGGCGCGAGAACUAAAGAGAUCUUUUCGGAAAUAGCUGCUCAAGGCGGCAUCUUUGGCGCUUUUAUUGUCCUCGCUUAUCCGGGCCUUGGAAACAAGAGCGACGAAGAGGAGAGACAAGGCAAGAUGCUUGCGGAUCUAGCACUUGAGUUCAAACUCGACGCGCUCGUUUAUUCGAGCACGAUCCCGCCUGGUCCAGAUCUGGAUGACGCUUUUGAUGCGUCUCAUCGAUCUAAGCGGGAAAUUGAGCUCUACUGUAAGAGCCUUGGUGAAAAAGGCUUGAAUUGGACGCUCGUGCGACCUGGCUUCUUCAUGGAAAAUUUUGAUGGAUUUAUGGGAUCGCUCGCUGUUGCCAUUCUUUCUCAAGGACUCAGAAAGGAAACGGAUAUAGCACUCGUUGCGUCCGAAGAUAUCGGCAAAGUUGCUGCUGGAAUCUUUCAGAAUCAUGGCAGGUUCACUCACAAGACGGUAUCCAUAACUGGCGGAUGUUUAUCCAUGAGCGAGAUCAAAUCAGCGUAUAAAGAUGUCAUAGGAAAACAGAUGCCUGCUGUUGCCUCUUUGUUUGCCUGGUUGAUUCUCAAGUUAAGUUCCGGUGCUCAGCAUGUUGCUAAAGAAAUUGAGAGAAAUUAUGAUGUUAGAGUUAGCGGAGGAUAUCCGACUUUUGACGAAGAGGUUGAAUUGGCAAAAUCGCUCUGUGAGCUGCAGACUUAUCGCUCAUUUCUUCUUAAACGAAAAGAGCCGAGCUCUUGA